AAAGGCAUGGCAUACAAUUAAAACCAUGGUUAACUUACCAGUCAUCAGUCCCUUCAAGAAACGCUACUCAUGGGUGCAGUUGGCUGGGCAUACAGGGAGUUUCAAGGCAGCUGAUAGUGGGAAGAUUCUCAAACGCUUCUCAGAGAAUGAAAAGGAGUGUUUUGAGCGAUUGAUGAAAGACCCGCUACGCUCCUGUGUCCCUUGCUUCCAUGGUGUGGUGGAGAGAGAUGGCGAGAGCUACAUUCAGCUGGAUGACUUGCUUACUGAUUUUGAAGGGCCUUGUGUGAUGGACUGCAAGAUGGGGAUAAGGACAUACUUGGAGGAAGAGUUGACUAAGGCCCGUGAGAAACCAAAGCUGCGUAAGGACAUGUACAAGAAAAUGAUUGAAGUGGAUCCUCUUGCUCCCACAGCUGAAGAGAAUGCCCAGCAUGCUGUCACCAAACCCCGGUACAUGCAGUGGAGGGAAACCAUCAGCUCUAGUGCCAACCUGGGCUUCAGAAUUGAAGGGAUUAAGAAGGCAGAUGGAACAUGUAACACAAACUUCAAAACUACGAAGACACAGGAGCAAGUUCUACAGGUUUUUGUGGAAUUUAUUGAGGGCAACACAACUAUUUUGAAGAAAUACCUCAAGCGUCUGCAGGAAAUUCAUAUCAUUCUUGAAUCCUCAGACUUCUUCAAGCGACACGAGGUCGUUGGAAGUUCACUACUUUUUGUACAUGAUGGCAGUGGGAAUGCCAAUGUGUGGCUGAUCGAUUUUGGAAAGACCACCCUUCUCCCUGAUGGGCAGACACUGGAUCACAGGAUCCCAUGGCAAGAAGGCAACAGGGAGGAUGGGUACUUGUUGGGAUUGGACAAUUUGAUUGGCAUCUUGGAAAGCAUCACCGAAAGAUGAGUUGAGAAUGGCACAAAACUUGCAGGGCUGCUCUGUAACUUUCUGCUCUACUGGGAUCGCUCAGUUAGAAGGAAACCUUUAACUCCCUCCGAACUCCUGAGGUCAUCAGCGCAGAGGGAGCUGCAUCCAGAACCCAGCGGUUAGUCAUCAAAAUGACUUUGCAUCGGCCCUCUGUGAACCUAAAUAACUCCAGAUUGGUCUGUAUUGCACCAGCCUGACUUCAGCCUGGUCCUCAGAGAAUGAAGAUCUCCAUACUCAGGAGUCACACCAGCAUGAGUCAAGAUCUGUGUGGUAAACCAGAAUGAUUCUGAUUUCUGGCAAACAGAUGGGACUCCAGAUUACCUCUUGGUGAACCAGAGCAAGUGCGUGGGGAUUCAGGGUAGGAAUAACAAUUUUUCAGGGAACUGCAUAGUUUUGAAACCAGCAAGAGUGGUGGUUUUUUUCCCCCCCUCAAUCCCAAGUCGCCUUGCUCUUGUGUACACUAUAGGUCGGACCAACAACUUCUGCUCCAUUGUGUUACAGUGUGCACAAGGUGGAAAUGGGUGAUAAUCACAAGAAACCUGGAGCAAAGGGAGACAGCAGUUGGUAGUGGCUGGAUGUGGUAACUGCUGUUGACCAUUCCUCCUCUUCCCUACCCUAGCCUCGAUUCACUUCUAUCUAAGAACAGCCUUUGCUUUUACGUGCCUCUCAGGAGAUUACAAAUACUCUAGGGAGAGAAUAGCAGCCUAUUGUCUCCAAAAACAUUUGACUUUCAGACUGGGUGGGCUGUUGGAAAAGUGCCUGGCUUGGCAAGUUUGGCAUCUUGCAGCUGAACUGCAGUUCUGAAAUCAGUUAUGACUCUUUCGCACACAGACCAGGGAACUAAGGGUUUUUUUCAAGGCGUGUUUAUUUUGAGAGAUAACCCCC